AUGGUAGGAACGGUGGUGGAAAACCUAAGUAAUCGGAAACUUCUCUAUAUCUUGGCAUCACUUCUAGUCACACAAAUUGCUUUCUUUUUGGUUGGAGCAUGGUAUGCACCUGUACCAUCGUCUUCCAUGGAGUACGAGAUGAUAAAAUGUAAAGAUGGAACUAAAGGAGAAAGUGGCAAAUGGUUCCAUAUACGACCGAGACAUUGUGAUGUGAUUGGAGAUCUCUCAUCGUAUACGCCCACAUCAUUUGAUCUGCGAGAAAUUGUAUUCGUCGCUCAAAUGCCACACAUGAGCUCGAAUAUUCGCCAUGGUUCAGUGUUCCAUGCUUGGAGCUUCUUCAAGUUGAAGGUCGAGGACAGCGAUAUUUUUAAAUACGUGGAUGGUGCUCUUCUAGAGCUGGAAAUAAGGAUGGGAUAUCGUACUAAUACUGAUGCUGCAGAUGAGUGGCACGACCUGAUAACUACUAAUAUUACUCGGACCUUGGAGUGCAGUAUCUCCCCGGAAAAGAAAUCUAAUGGACACAUGUAUGACUGUGGAGUGAUUGAUCUCUUUGAAAUGGGAUCGAACAACUACCCAUUUUAUUUGCUGAAUGUCAGGAUUCCAAUUAACCAGACAGCCUGCGCCGCUAAUCCAAAGAGUCCGAAUUGUCAAAUUGGGAAAGUCACGAAUCUGCGAGUAGUGACAAUCCAUCAGAAUGGUGGAUUUACUCAAAUAUGGUUAUGGCUGAAAACACUUGUUUUUCCAGUUGUUGCUGCAGCUAUCUGGUGGUAUUGGAACAGGAUUGAAAAACUGGCAAGGAAGCCUAUAUUGCUUGAAAAAGCAAUAAUGACUCUUGGUGUGAGCCUGGCAGUACUUGACUUUCCACUAGAGUGGGUGUCACUUAUUCUCCGGGUGCCAUUUAUGCUGCUUCUUGGAGAUAUUCGACAAGGAGCUUUUUACGGAGUCCUUUUUGCGUUUUGGUUAAUAUUUGCCGGCGAGCAUCUUAUCGACGAUUCAUCGAGAAAUAAUAUUUUACCUCCUUUUUCGCUCAUUAUGAGCAAAGUUGAAAGGAAAAUUACGACUCAUUUUGUAAUCUUGCUUGAACACCUCGAUUUGUGCCAAAUUGACAUAUGCGCAUCAUAUCGCUUUAAUCUGUUCUUCAUCGUGGUGGCGUCUUCAUUGUUACUAAUCUACGACAUUUGCGAGAGGGGUUUCCAACUGAGCGAUCCUUUCUACAGCAUAUGGUCGAGCGAAAUUGGUUCUAUUAUCGCUGUCGAGUCUAUUAUAUACCGUUUUAAAUUCCUCAUGGUUCUCACGCUUUUGUGUGCAGGACUCACAAUUUCUUGUUAUAUCAUGAAGCAGUAUGGAGAAGCCCAGAUACAUUCUGACGAGCCCGAAGAAAGUGUGCUAGCACACAGCACAUCAGCAUUCUUUACUGGAACGUUUGGAAUGUGGAACAUAUACGUCUUGCUACUACUCGCCAUGUAUGCUCCUUCACAUAAGUGCUACUCUGGUAUGACAGAGCUGGUUGACGAGAACGAGGAUUUGAUGGAUGGCACUUACGAGGCGAAUCCCAUGACAACAUUCUUGAAGCCUGCAACGGAC